UCCGCCAACGCAACACAGAAUGACCAAUCUUGUAUUGGGCCCAAUAGCCUCACUCGACAGCUGGUUUCCGUGCCGUGCGUGGAACGCCUCAUCAAGGCCAUGCUCCAAGGUGGCAACCCCCUGACAGUGGGAGUUGGGAUCGUCAUUGAAGUGAUUCGGAAGAAUAAUUCUGACUACGACCCCGACAACCUCAACGGCCCGGAUUCGGUCCCCUCCACGUACGACCCCAUUUACCUCGGUAACCUGCUUCGACUAUUUGCCAAGCACAUACCGGACUUCAUGGCCCUGAUCCAGAGCUCCAAGCACACCGUGAACGACGGAGGCAGAGUGAAGAGCGUCGAGCGAGGCAGGCUCAAUUCGGCGUGGGGAGCCAAAAUCGAGCCCUUGGGCUUCGACCGAUUUAAGACGUGCGAGUUGAUGGCUGAACUGUUACAUUGCAGUAACAUGGGUCUAUUGAACGAGCCCGGAAGUGACGAGUAUGUGCGGCAGCGUGAUGCAGAGCGCGAGAGGCUCACACGGGAGGGAAUUUACAAUCCGCACCGGGAAGAGACAUCGGCAUUCGAUGGCAAUGACUCCACCGUUGACUUUGUAAACGGAUCCGUGAUUGGAUAUGGCUCACCGGAAGGCUCCAGGGUCCUCGAGGUAGCGAACACGGGCGAAGAAAGCUUCGAGGACGUCAGCUCGUCGGGCGUUCUCGUCGAUCAGGAGAAGGAUGCGGAGGCCAAGGAAGCAGCUGGCUCCGAAUCCAAGCCUGACCCUGCGCCUCCGUCAAACCCCGAGGAGUCUACAGAAACGUCGGAACAGACGCCGAAUGACGCGGCUGAGACCGGUCCUCAAGAGGAGAACAAUGGCCCCACGGGUGCUUCUGGUGAGGCCGAAACUGAUACGCCUCCCUCCGAACCCGUCACCGCGUCUGGAUUGGCAGCUCAGAUUGGAGAGGUUAGCCUGGACGGCAGUCAGACGUUGGCGGAGGCAGCUUCCAAAGAUAUGGAGAACCCGACACCAACGACUUCUCACCCCGACGCGGUGCCAGCUCCUCUCUUCGCCGAUCAACAGAAUCAGGAACAGAACUCCUCGACGCCUGAUACUGCUGGCCAGGUCGGCGAUGCACCCAGCUCAGCCUAUUCUGCUCCUAAUGCGGCGUACACCCAGUCCACGGCGGGCCACUCGCGGCGGCAGCUGCACCCCGAUAUCCAGGUCGACCCUAACGGUGACCCCGUAGUUGGUGACUAUCUCAAGAUCAUGUUCGUUGAAAACCGGGUAGUACCAACCAUCCUGGACUUCUUCUUCCGGUUCCCCUGGAACAACUUCCUUCACAACGUCGUUUACGAUGUUAUCCAGCAAGUGUUCAACGGACCCAUGGACCGUGGCUACAAUCGCCUGCUGGCCAUUGAUGUCUUCGAGACUGGCCGGAUAACACAGAGCAUUAUCGAAGGCCAGAAGCGAAGCGACGAGACCCAGCGCGCCAAGCAGAUCCGACUGGGAUACAUGGGCCACUUGACCCUGAUCGCCGAGGAGGUGGUGAAGUUCAGCGAACGGCACUCACCCGAGUUGCUCUCGCCGACGGUCAUGGAGAACGUCCUCAGCCCCGAGUGGAUCGAUUAUGUCGAGCAAACGCUUUCCGAAACGAGGGAGCGGGACAACGCCAUUCUUGGGGGGGUGCGUCCCGACAUGUCGAUUGGGCAUCGCCAGGGAAUGCUCAAUACCGGCCAGAGCAUAAAUGCGUCGUCAGCACUUGCUGAAGCGGGCCUCAAUGGGUCGGCCGGGGGCACUGGCUUCCAGGGCUUUGACAUGAUGAACCAAGGAAGCGUGUCCGGCGGAGCCUUUGGAGCGGGCGGUGGGAGUUCCCUCCUGAGCGGGUUCGCGAGUUCCAGCGACGACGACGAGGACGAAGAGAUGGAGGACCAGGAGGAAAGGCACCUGGCCGAACAGCCCGCCGACGGCGGCUCUGACAAUGCGUCUGCCAACUCCACCAGCCAGCCGAUCCCGAUCCUCCCUCCUCCCCCGGCUCCCAUGAGUCACGGCCCCUCUCGGGCACGGCGCCAGCUUGCCGCACGGCUCGCCGCACAGAAGCAGCAGGAGACCGGAAACGCCGAGGGAGAGGAAGAUGCGAGCCACGAGCAGGCCGGCGACCACGAUUCCCAAUGGCCAACCAACCCGUUCGUGAUCGCCGGAUUGGACGAAGAAGCCGACGGCACGCAUUCACCCGCCAGCGCAGCCUUCCCGUCCAGCGACUUCCCCCCGGCCAGCAAGGACGAGCCUUUCUCCUCGCCUACGUUCCCCGACUCGGGCUUCAGCCCGCCGGACUCCUUCUCGACCAACUCGUCGGACGAGGACGGCGAGGGCCGAUCGGAGGGCCUGCGACGCAAGGAGCGAGUCCCUCUGGAGGUCGACGAGGACGAGGACGACAUGGGCGAGAUGGUGGGCCCAUCGCUGGACACGGGAAUGAUGGACUCGGACGACGAAGACGAGGCGAUCAUGAAUGAGUCCCUGGGAUACCCGGACGUUGGGUCGGGGCGGUACCGCAGCUUCCGGCGGUCUCGGAUCGGGGCGUCUCCCUUCGGGGACGACGACGAGCAGAACGACAGCAGUGACGGGGAGGAUGACGGGCUGGUCGAGAUCCUCGUCCCCGGGCGGAAAUCUUCGACCUCAUCCCACUAGUUUGCACCCGCACUCACAUGAUCCUUGAUGUCCCAUUUCCCGUUGUUGUCAUGUAUGUGAAGGUGGUUGGUUUUGUGCGUGGCGGUGCUCUGCUUUGCUGUUUCGGCCCUUUUGGAUUAGUUCAAUUCCCAUGACGUACACUAUUUCUUUUCUGUUUCAUUACCUUUUUCUUUUUUCCUUUUUUUUUUCUUUUUUUUUUGACCGCGUGCCAUUUUUGUAUAUGUUCCGUUUUUUUCUUUUCUUUUCUUUUUGUAUACCUACAUGCGACCCAGACUCGGCGGUUCGAAUACGACAUGUCUUCUUCUGAGCCAUGUGAAUGAAUGGAAUGGACCCUUAUGAACUUGGAUGUCGUUGUCGCUCUACUUUUGGAUCAUCUGGCAUGGCUGUUCUCAUAGAUGCGUAUGUGGUUGUUGUUGGUUGUGGGGAU